GUUACCGUCUCGCGCAGGAGGAGGCGGCGGCGGGCGGCGGCGCCGCCAUCAUGAGUUACUCAGGUUAUGGAGACUGGAACUCUGGGACGAACAGAGGUUAUGAGGGAUACAGUUACGGCUAUGGAUACGGCCAGGAUAACUCGGGUAAUUACGGAUAUGGCAUGGCCACUUCGAACUCCUGGGAAAUGGCCAAUUCGGACGUUGACAUGAACCCCGACGGUUCGGGCGGCAGCAACGCUGACGCCGUCAUUGCGAAAAUGAACCAGCGCUUAGACAUGGUGUCGCACAUGGAUACGGACACGAUGCAAGGAGGGCACUACGGAUCUGGUGGAGACAGGUACGACUCGUACGAAUCCUACGACUCGAGGUCUUCGAUGAAUGACCGUGACAUGUACCGAUCUAGCUACGAUUACAACGAGUCUGAACACGACAACGAUAACGCCUAUGAAGGUCACUAUGACAACUUCUAUGGGAACCGCCGGGAUCAAUACCAGAACAGAGCACGGGAUAACUUUGGUCAACGGGGUCAGAACUGGGGUAGAGACGGACGCAAUAACAGACCCAUGGCGUCUUCCUAUCCUGGGCGCAUGGGCGGACAGUGGAACGAGCCUCCGCAAUCAAUGGGAUCGCGAGGUCUCGGUCCCCACGGAUCCUCCAGGCUUCCUUCCCUCUUCUCCCACAACAUUAUCCCAGAACUCAGCAUGUUCCAGGGAAUGCGAGGUUUCUCGGGAAAUAUGCGUUACGGAGGAGGAAUGAUGAAACAACGGAUGAGGAGAAACUGGAAAAUGUGGGACUCGGAUUUUAAACCCCAGAAAAAGAAAAUCAAAAAAGAUCCCACCGCGAAGAAGCGGAAGCAAACAAACAGCUCCGAUGAACCCGACAGCAAGGCAGCAAAGACAGACGGCUCCGAUAACUCCGACUCUGACAACGAGGAGGGAACAGAAGGAGAAUCAGGAGAAAAAGAGGAGAAGGAGGGCUCCAGAGGUGAAGGGGAAGAUGAAGAAGGAAAAGAUUCAGAGAAAGGUGCUUUAACAAUUCAAGAAGAGAUCAGUCAAAUCAAACGCAAAUUGCAGGCGGGCAAGAAAACUCAAGAGAGACAAAAGAAGAGGCAUCGGGAUCGCAUGGUAGAAAGGAUCCAGUUUGUUUGUUCGUUAUGCAAAUAUCGGACCUUCUAUGAUGACGAGAUGAACAGUCACCUUGAGAGUAAAUUCCAUAAGGAACACUUCAAGUUUGUCGGCACCAAGUUGCCUCAACAAACAGCUGACUUUCUCCAGGAAUAUGUCGCUAAUAAAACUAGGAAAACUGAAGAGCGUCGUAAAGCAAUUGAAGACAUUAACGCGGUUAUUCAGCAGAUUUACAGGGACCAAGAUCUUACGCAAGAUGUUGGUAUGGAGCAUUUUAUUAAGAAGGUGGAGGCGGCUCACUGUGCUGCGUGUGACCUCUUCAUCCCAAUGCAGUAUGGCAUCAUCCAGAAACACUUGAAGUCGCUUGACCACAACCACAACCGCAGGGCUAUGAUGGAGCAGUCCAAGAAAUCGUCGCUAGUAGUUGCAAGGAGUAUUCUCAACAACAAACUAAUCAGUAAGAAACUGGAGCGGUACCUGAAGGGUGAGAAUCCUUUCACGGAUGACCCAGAAGAAAAAGAAGAGCAUGAGGAAGGAGAAGGGGGAGCCAGUGGAAAUGCAGAGGAAGGAACAGCAGAAGGAGCAGAUGGAAACAAAGAUGAGGAGGAAAAUCCAGAAGAAGAAAAUCCAGAGGAGGAAAAUCCAGAAGAGGAAAAUCUGGAAGAGGAAAAUCCAGAAGAAAAUCCGGAGGAGGAAAAUCUAGAUGAGGAAAACAAGGAUCCUGAAGAGAACCCAGAAGCAGAAGGUGCUGAAAAUGAGGGGGAGCAAGAAGAAACAGGGACAGAGACAGAAAUCGAGGCACAAGCACAAACAGAGGUGGAGCCGGAUGCAGAAAACACGGAGGAGCAGACUUCCCCACCUGCAGAGGAAUCUCUCCCUGAGGAAGAAGAGCAACAGCCAGUAGAAGGCGUGGAAGUAGAAGAUGAGGAGGAAGAAAGUGAGGAAGCUGCUGCAGCACAAGAGGAUGAGGAUGCGGAGUAAACUCUGGAGGGGGAAGCUGAUGUGUAAAAGACCUGACGUAUUUUGUUGUGAUUUUUUUUUUAAACAUAACUGUAUCUGUGAAUUUCAUAACGUGUUUUGAGUUCUCAUUCUACUAAACUCACUUAGGCAGUGGAAGCCUUUACCUGUAAAGUGAUUUUUUGGGAAAAUAGAGGAAUUUUUUUUACCCAGAUCUUCAUUUUAGUAGCUAGGUUUUGUGCGUUCUCUGUUUUUUAGAUGGCUUUGUACUAGGAGAAUUUCCUUUUGAGCAUGUGUGCAAACCAGUGCUACUUCACAAUCUGGCAAACAAAACCUCUUCUCUUCCCCCUGAAUUUAAACUUUUCUAUAUUUAACAAAGAUGUGGUUUGUUCCCUUAGCCUGUCUGGAAACAUCAGAAAUUUGGUUCCGGGGUUUUAAUUUCUGCAGUGUACGCCGUUAAGGUUCUGCGUAACUUCCAUGUGA